CCUCGCGCUCAAGUUCAAAUCUGUCACUGAAAUUAACGGACAAACCAUCAACAACAAUUCUAAUAACGUUAAGGAUUUGAGAGCCUUUGUAAUCAGAAGUUUUCAGAAGCAAAUCUACAGAUGUCAUGGUUGGUAGCCAACUAAAGUUAACUUACCCAGUAAAUGACGGAAUAAUGUCGUAGAAGUCACUCGUCAGCUUUCACCUCAGAGCCAAAACACAAAAGGGCUGAAGAUGAGUGAACACAACUCCUUACCACCGCCUGAGGGCCCUGACCGCAGGCGGGGAUCUGUUUUUCGUCGGACAGGGAGCAAUGUCCAGACUGUGCAGGAGACUAUGAAGGAGAAACAGGCAAGAUACAAGGAGGCAAGAGAAGUGCGCAAAACCAAACUUACCCAAGCUCACAAGUACAUGUUUGAAAUCCUGGCAGACAGGCUUUCUCUUGAAGUAUCAGGGGUUGAAGAUUUUAUUCUUGACAGUUCAUCUUUGGGGCCAUUUGAUAAUUUUUUUGCCAAAGGAGGAAGCAAAACUAUUUCAUUUGUUUACCAGGAGGCAGAAGUUCCUGGAAUAGAAUGUGGACGUUCAUUCCCUGGAACAGCAAAGGGAUCCAAAAUAAUGCGGUUGAUGUUAGCCAACUUGUCAGAUACUUGCCUUACAGGACUUUGCCUGUUUUUUGUCCGUACUAAAGUUGAUGCUGUCAUUAAUCCAAAAAACAUACAUGAGGAAAUAUACUUUUCCAUGCUUGAUGCUCGAGAGGGCCUACUGAAGGGAACUAAAAACCUGCUGUCCAAAGUCCUGAUGCCUGCUGUGAGUGCCACAGACAACUGGGGAGUUCUUAAUGCAUCAAAACAUGGAGAGAAGGAUAAACAGAACUUCAAAGAUACCAUAUCACGUUAUGUUAGCUUUUUGGAUGGGAUCCAGGUAAGCAUUGAGGGGGCUGUUCACUUGAAGGAAGCAACACACAUCGAUUUUUCCAAGCUCAUUUCCUUUGAGGCCAUUAAAGCAACAGCUGCAGAUAUGGACAUGGUGUAUCAGCUGGAGGAAGUUCUGAUGAUGUGGUAUAAGGAGAUUGAACAGGUCCUCACUGAGAGUGAUCAGAUGAGGAAAGAGGCUGACGCCUCUGGACCUCUCACUGAACUGGAGCACUGGAAGAGGAUGUCUGCAAAGUUCAACUCCAUUAUUGAGCACAUCAAGAGCCCUGAGUGCAAAGCAGUCAUCAAUGUGCUCAACAUCAGCCGUUCUAAAACACUGAAGUUGUGGAAAGAAUUAGAUGCCAGAAUAACAGAAUGUGCUAAUGAAGCCAAAGACAAUGUUAAAUUCCUGUAUACACUGGAGAAGGUCUGCCAGCCUCUCUACAACAGUGAUCCUGUUACUAUGGCUAAAAGCAUUCAGAACCUUAUCAAUGCCAUUAGAAUGAUCCACAGCGUGUCACGCUAUUAUAACACUUCUAAGAGAAUGACCUCCCUCUUCAUCAAAGUUACGAAUCAAAUGGUAACAGCCUGUAGAGCCUACAUCACAGAUAACGGCUCCAGUCGGAUUUGGGACCAGGACACUCAAGACAUCAUAAAAAAGAUUGAAGAUUGUAUUUACUUGUUCCGGGAGUAUCAAUCCUGCUUCCAUAAGACAAAGAAACAAACACUUGAAAGGCCUGGUGAAAAACCUUUUGAUGUUUCAGAGAUGUACAUUUUUGGAAAGUUUGAAGGAUUUUGCAAACGGCUUGAGAAGAUAAAACAGAUGAUAACUGCUAUCAGAACAUUUUCUGUGCUCAGCAAAUCCACCAUUGAAGGAAUUGACACAAUAGCUGCAAAGUUUCAAAAUAUAUAUUUGACCAUGAAGAAGAAACAAUAUGAUUUCCUGGCACCUCGGAAAGCUGAAUUUGAAGUCGACUUUGCAGAAUUCAUAACACAGAUCAGCAACCUUGAGAAUCAGCUACAAGUUUUCAUGAACUCCUGCUUCUCAAAGAUCCUGUCAUCUCAACAGGCUUUACGUCUUUUACAAAGGUUUCAGAAAUUAAAUAUGCCCUGUCUGCAAGCUGAAAUCUCUAACACAGUGGCACUUAUUCUUCAGCACUAUGUCUCAGAACUGGAGUCUGUCAGAAAGCUGUACCAAGCCCAUAGGGAGGACCCUCCAGUGGCCAGGAACAUGCCUCCUAUUGCUGGGAAAAUCCUCUGGGUUAAGCAGCUGUUCAGGAGGAUACAAGAACCCAUUCAGUACAUAGAGCAAAAUUCUGAUAUGUUGUCCACUCCGGAGGGCAAGGAUGUGAUUAAAAUGUACAACAGAACAGCUGCAGUGCUUGUGGAGUUUGAGAUUUUGUACCACAGGGCCUGGAUGAGGGACAUUUCCCAGUUACAGUAUGCUCUGCAAGCUACAUUACUAGUAAUGCAUCCUGAUACCGGAAAGCUGUUGGUGAACUUUGACCCGAAGAUUUCUGAAAUUAUUCGCGAAACAAAGUGCAUGUUGAAGAUGGGCAUGGAAGUUCCUGAGCAGGCACUAAAUCUGGUGAAGAAUGAGAAGUCCAUGACAGCCAGUCGUCUUCGCCUAGAGACUUUCCUGAGCAACUAUGAGGAGCUCCUAAAGAAGAUUCCUCCUGUUUUCUAUAAUCUGAUGUCUUCAAAGAUAAAAGAUGUGGAUUCUGUGUUCCGUCAUGGCUUAGUGCUGCUGAACUGGUCGUCUCUGAUCUUGGAUAAAUUCUUCACCAAUAUUGACAGAGCAAUGUCAGAGCUGAGUCAUCUUUUGAAGAAGGUGAGGGAUAUUUGUGAGAUGCAGAUUGAUGCUGUGCUCCAGGACAUCUCGGAGACCACACUCGUAAACCUGCAUGAUGACGGACCGUCUUCCCUGCAAGAUCUCGUUUCAGUCAAUGAGAAUCAGUGCAAACAGUGGGCAGACAUUUUGGACCAUAAGAGCAGGCAUGUAGAAGAGGCUGUGAGGGAACUCAUUGACAUUUUAAGCACCAUUUAUGUGUCUAAAGAAACCAAGGCAUCCACUCCUACAGAUGUCACAGAGCAUAGAAAGACCGAAGGCAGGGUUGGAUUUUCAAUGGAUAGUGAUGGUUCAAAUGAUGAUGAGCACAAUGCAGAGGGCCAUGAAGGGGAGAAAGAAGAUGAGUUUGAAAAGGAAUGUCAGGAGUUGUUCACUUUUUUCAGUGCCAAGCUGCUGGAUGCUUUAGUUAAAGCCACACAAUUGUCUUUGGACACCCUCAAGAGGAGAAUCUUUGUCUCCAACUUAUCCUCAAGAAAGAACCUCUUCAGCACACCCACUGAGUCAAGGUCAGAGGAGCUAGUCACUUUCAUCAAGUCAGAGGUCCAUCUCACAAUUCCCAAUGUGGUAAUGGUCCCCAGCCUGGAUGACAUCCAGCAGGCCAUUAACCGCCUUGUGCACCUUGUCCUGGAGGUGAGCCGUGGUGUGUCACGCUGGCGACAGUUACGUCACACUGAUAGCACCCCCAACUUGAGGGUGAUGACUUUCUACCAGAGUGUGGCUGAGCACAAGGACAUCUGCAAGCUUGUGGUGCUGCUCACCUCGGCAGUGAACUCGCUGAGGAAGCAGACUAGUGAUGUGCUCAAACAGUUCCAGCCUUUCAAAGUGGUGUGGGCUCAGGACAGGGAUGUCAAGGUUAAGGAGUUCAUGGACAGUAACCCAUAUCUAACUCAAAUCAGGUCUGAAAUUUUGCACUAUGUGGCAUUUGAGCAAGAGAUAGAGGACAUCAAGCCUAUUAUCAUCUUAGGAUCCAUUGAGCUGUCCACUGCACCCCUCAAAAUGUCCCUGAUGGUUGAGGCAAAGGCUUGGAAGAAACUGCUGUGCAGGUACUUGAAUGAGAAAUACAAGAAGCAGAUGAUGGACAUCAUAAGCUUCACCAGUGAGCAUCUGAAGAAGCUCUCCCGGCCCAUUGCUGACCUAGAGGAUGUACGCUUUGCCAUGGAGGCUCUAGCUAACAUCCGUGACUCUGAGAUCCAGAUUGAUAUGGCUCUGGGACCCAUAGAGGAAGCGUAUAGCAUACUGUCCCGCUUUGAGGUGGAGGUCACCAAGGAAGAGGCGGAGGGUGUGGACACACUCAGAUACUCCUUCAUCAGACUGCAGUCCAAAGCGAGAUCAGUACAGGAUGAAUUGGUACAAGUGCAGCCCAAGUUCAAAGAGAACCUGCUAUCAUCUGUUACCAUAUUUAAACAUGAUGUUGGGACGUUUGCUGAGCAAUAUGACACGGAAGGUCCCAUGGUGGCAGGAAUCCCUCCACAGGAAGCCAGUACUAGGCUACAGAUCAGCCAGGCCUGUUUUGAUGAUCUCUGGAGGAAGUUCAUCACUUAUUCCUCAGGAGAACAGCUGUUUGGGUUGCCUGUUACAGACUAUGAGGCUCUACAGAAAAUCCGCAAGGAGCUGGGUCUUCUCCAGAAGCUGUAUGGUCUGUAUGAUGCAGUCAUGAGCAAGAUUAGUGGCUAUUAUGACAUUCUUUGGACCGAUGUGGACAUUGAGAAGAUCAAUGCUGAGCUUCUGGAGUUCCAGAACAGAUGUCGUAAGCUGCCCAAAGGCCUGAAGGACUGGCAGGCUUUCCUGGACCUGAAGAAACGCAUUGAUGACUUCAGUGAGUCCUGUCCCCUUUUGGAGAUGAUGGCGAACAAGGCGAUUAAGUUAAGGCACUGGGACCGCAUCACCAACCUGACCGGACAUAAGUUCGAUAUAGAGGCAGAUACCUUCUCCCUGCAGAACAUCAUGGAGGCACCAUUGCUUAAAUACAAAGAGGACAUUGAGGACAUCUGCAUCUCAGCUGUGAAGGAGAAGGACAUUGAGGCCAAGCUGGCGCAGGUGGUUGACAUCUGGUCCAGCCAAUCAUUUAGCUUCAUGACCUUCAAGGGCCGUGGAGAGCUCAUGCUUCGUGGGGCUGAAACUGCUGAGAUUGUCACCACCAUGGAGGACAGUCUCAUGUUGCUGGGGUCACUCCUCAGCAACAGAUACAAUGCUCCUUUCAAGAAAGACAUCCAGAACUGGGUGUUUAAGUUGUCGACAUCUUCCGAUAUCAUUGAACAGUGGCUCACCGUUCAGAACCUGUGGGUGUAUCUGGAAGCUGUGUUUGUGGGAGGAGAUAUUGCCAAACAGUUGCCACAGGAAGCCAAGCGUUUCCAGAACAUUGACAAGUCCUGGAUUAAGAUCAUGCAGCGCGCUCACGACAUCCCCAACGUGGUGCAGUGCUGCGUAGGGGACGAGACCAUGGGUCAGCUGCUGCCUCACCUGCAGGAGCAGCUUGAGCUGUGCCAGAAGUCUCUGACCGGUUACCUUGAGAAAAAGCGUCUCCAGUUUCCACGCUUCUUCUUCGUGUCUGAUCCUUCCCUCCUUGAGAUCUUGGGGCAGGCCAGCGAUUCCCACACUAUCCAGUCUCAUCUCCUGGGAGUGUUUGACAAUGUCAACGAAGUCGAGUUCCAUGCCAAGGACUAUGACAAGAUUCUGGCCGUCAUCUCACAGGAAGGCGAAAAAGUGCCUCUGGACAACCCAGUGAUGGCCCGUGGGCCUGUCGAGCUGUGGCUAGGUGAACUACUGAUGCAACAGCAGUCCUCUCUGCACUCUGUCAUAAAAGCAGCAGACCUUCAGAUCAACGACUCUAGCUUCCAGCUGCUCAAUUUCCUCAAUCAGUUCCAAGCUCAGGUGGGCCUUCUGGGGAUCCAGAUGCUCUGGACCCGAGACUCCGAGGAGGCGUUGCGCAACGCCAAAGACGACAAGAAGAUCAUGCCGCUGACCAACCAGAAGUUCCUGGACCUGCUCAACACACUCAUCUCACAGACUACUCAUGACUUGACCAAGUUUGACCGAGUGAAGUUUGAGACCCUGGUGACAAUCCAUGUCCACCAAAGAGAUAUCUUUGACGACCUGGUGAAAAUGCACAUCAAGUCAGUGAACGAUUUUGAGUGGCUGAAACAGAGCAGGUUUUACUUCAAAGAGGACCUGGACCAGGUCUUGGUGUCCAUCACUGAUGUGGACUUCAUCUAUCAAAAUGAGUUCUUGGGCUGCACAGACCGUCUGGUCAUCACCCCUCUGACUGACAGGUGCUACAUCACGCUGGCUCAGGCCCUGGGCAUGAGUAUGGGUGGAGCGCCAGCGGGACCCGCUGGAACAGGAAAGACUGAGACCACCAAAGAUAUGGGCCGCUGCCUGGGGAAGUACGUGGUGGUCUUCAACUGCUCAGACCAAAUGGACUUCAGAGGCCUUGGCAGAAUCUAUAAAGGGCUGGCACAGUCUGGGUCCUGGGGAUGCUUUGACGAGUUCAACAGAAUUGACUUGCCUGUCCUGUCGGUAGCAGCCCAGCAGAUCUACAUUGUCCUGACUUCUCGUAAAGAGCGUAAAACUCAGUUCAUUUUCACUGAUGGAGACAAUGUGGAUCUUAAUCCAGAAUUUGGUCUCUUCAUUACUAUGAACCCUGGCUAUGCAGGUCGUCAAGAACUUCCGGAGAAUUUGAAGGUGCAGUUCAGGACUGUGUCCAUGAUGGUCCCAGACAGACAGAUUAUUAUGAGGGUGAAGUUGGCCAGUUGUGGGUUUAUAGAGAAUGUCAUCUUGGCCCAGAAAUUCUUUGUGCUCUAUAAGCUUUGUGAGGAGCAGCUCACAAAGCAGGUCCACUAUGACUUCGGUUUGAGGAACAUCCUGUCAGUGCUGAGGACUCUUGGAGCUCAAAAAAGAGCCCGGCCCCAAGAGACCGAGUCCAGUAUCGUCAUGAGAGUGCUGCGUGACAUGAACCUUUCAAAACUGGUGGAUGAGGACGAGCCGCUCUUCCUCAGCCUGAUCAGUGACCUGUUCCCAGGCAUCCAGCUGGACAGCAGCACAUAUGUUGAACUGCAGGCUGCUGUGGAGACCCAGGUGCACCAGGCAGGCGUCGUCAACCACCCACCCUGGAACCUCAAACUAGUGCAGUUAUAUGAAGCUUCGCGUGUCCGUCACGGUCUGAUGACCCUGGGCCCCAGUGGGGCAGGCAAGACCAUGGUCAUUAACAUCUUGAUGCGAGCUUUGUCGGACUGUGGCACCCCCCACAGAGAGAUGAGGAUGAACCCCAAAGCCAUCACUGCCCCUCAGAUGUUUGGCCGCUUGGACGCCGCAACCAAUGACUGGACAGAUGGCAUCUUCUCCACGCUGUGGAGGAAGACUCUGAAAGCUAAGAAGGGUGAGAACAUUUGGAUAGUUCUGGAUGGCCCUGUGGACGCCAUUUGGAUUGAGAACUUGAACUCUGUCCUGGACGACAACAAGACUCUCACCCUGGCCAACGGUGACCGUAUCACCAUGUCCCCCUGCUGCAAGCUGGUGUUUGAGGUGCACAACAUGGACAACGCCUCCCCAGCCACUGUCUCCAGAGUGGGCAUGGUGUUCAUGAGCUCAUCGGCUCUGAGCUGGAGGCCCAUCCUACAGGGGUGGGCUUACAAACGCAGUGCCCAGGAAGCUGACACCCUGAUCAGUUUGUAUGACCAAGUGUUUGAGGAUGCACAUGUCUUUAUAAAGCAAAACCUCAAACCUAAAAUGGACCUCUUGGAGUGCAACUACAUCAUGCAGUCACUGAAUCUGCUGGAGGGCCUGAUCCCCACCAAGGAGUCCGGCGGUGUGGUGAGCUCCAGCCACCUGGGCCGGCUCUUUGUCUUCUGCCUGAUGUGGAGCCUGGGUGCGCUGCUGGAGCUGGACGGGCGUAGCUGCCUGGAGGCCUUCCUGCGCAAGCACGAGAGUAAGAUUGACAUGCCGCCCACCAAGCCCGGAGAGACCAUCUUUGAGUACAUGGUCAACCAGAAUGGUGAGUGGGAUCACUGGAUGUCAUAUGUGGUGGAAUAUGUUUACCCAACGGACUGCGUCCCUGAUUACUCCUCUAUCCUUGUGCCCAACGUGGACAACACACGGACCAACUUCCUUAUUGAAACGAUCGCAAAACAACACAAGGCUGUUCUGCUCAUUGGUGAACAAGGGACUGCCAAGACAGUCAUGAUUAAAGGCUACACAAAGAAAUAUGACCCAGAAACUGACCUGUUCAAGUCCAUGAACUUCUCCUCUGCCACUGAGCCUGUGAUGUUCCAGCGCACAGUGGAGAGCUACAUUGAGAAGCGCAUGGGCAGCACGUAUGGCCCUCCCGGUGGUCGAAGGAUGACCGUCUUUGUGGAUGACAUCAACAUGCCUGUUGUCAACGAGUGGGGAGAUCAGAUUACCAAUGAGAUUGUGCGUCAGAUGAUGGAGAUGACGGGCAUGUACAGCCUGGACAAACCUGGAGACUUCACCACCAUUGUGGAUGUGCAGAUUAUGGCUGCCAUGAUCCACCCUGGAGGUGGCCGCAACGACAUCCCCCAGCGACUCAAGAGACAGUUCAGCGUCUUCAACUGCACACUCCCUGCCAACAGCUCUAUUGACAAGAUCUUUGGAAUUAUUGGUUGUGGAUACUUCCAUGAAUGCAGAAAUUUCAAGCCAGAGGUCACAGAUAUGAUCCCCUCUCUAGUGUCUGCCUCUAGGAUUGUCUGGCAGAUGACUAAGGUGAAAAUGUUGCCCACCCCAUCAAAGUUUCACUACUUCUUCAACCUGCGCGACCUGUCCCGAAUCUGGCAGGGCAUGCUCAACAUCAAGACUGAGGAGUGUGAAGACGUCGCCACUUUACUGGCUCUCUUUAAGUGUGAAUGCAUAAGGGUGAUUGCAGACAGGUUUGUGUGCCAUGAAGACAAGAUGUGGUUUGAUAAGGCCAUAACACAAGUGAUCCAGGAGCACGUGGACGCCAGCCUGGUGCCAGAGAUCCACCCUGACCCUUACUUUGUGGACUUCCUGCGAGAUGCACCUGAACCCACGGGUGAUGAGGGAGAUGACGUCUGUCUAGACGCACCAAAGAUUUAUGAGCUGGUUCCAACUUUUGAGUUCCUGUCUGAAAAGCUCCAGUUCUACCAGAGCCAGCAUAACGAGGCAGUCCGAGGCACCAGCCUUGACCUGGUGUUCUUUACCGAUGCAAUGACUCACAUCAUCAAGAUCUCGCGCAUCAUUAGGACGGAUUGUGGCAGUGCUCUGCUGGUUGGAGUUGGAGGCUCUGGAAAGCAGAGUCUCACUCGCCUGGCCUCCUUCAUCGCUGGCUACCGAAUCUUCCAGAUCACUCUAACCAGAUCCUACAAUGCUACCAAUUUGAUGGAUGACCUGAAGUUGCUGUACAGAACAGCAGGUGCUGAGGGGAAAGGCAUCACCUUCAUCUUCACCGAUAACGAAAUCAAGGACGAGGCUUUCCUGGAGUACCUCAACAACGUCCUCUCGUCUGGAGAGGUGUCCAAUCUCUUUGCCCGUGACGAGUUGGACGAGAUCACGCAAAGCCUCAUCUCUGUGAUGAAGAAGGAGCUGCCCAGGCAGCCGCCAACCUUUGACAACCUCUACGACUACUUCAUCUCCAGAGUCAGGAAGAACCUCCACGUGGUCCUGUGCUUCUCCCCGGUGGGUGAGAAGUUCCGCGGGCGCUCGCUGAAGUUCCCUGGGCUCAUCUCUGGCUGCACCAUGGACUGGUUUACACCGUGGCCCAGCGAGGCCCUGGUGGCCGUCUCCCACUAUUUCAUGGCCGAGUUCCCCAUGGUCUGCUCCCCCGAGGUCAAGGCCGCAGUGGUCAAGACAAUGGGCAUUUACCACGACAAGGUGUCCGUCACCUGCGACAGCUACUUUGAGAGAUUCCGACGAAGGACACAUGUUACACCCAAAUCCUACCUGUCCUUUGUUAAUGGGUAUAAGACUCUCUAUGCAGAAAAGCACUCGUACAUCAAUACUCUGGCCGAACGCAUGAAUGUCGGUCUGUCUAAACUGCUGGAGGCCAGUGAGUCAGUGGCACAGUUAUCUAAAGACCUGGUGGUAAAAGAGAAAGAGCUAGCAGUGGCCUCGGUCAAGGCAGACAAGGUGUUGGCAGAGGUGACAGUGAGUGCCGAGGCAGCCUCUGUGGUGAAGAAUGAGGUGCAGAUAGUAAAGGACAAAGCCCUGAAGAUCGUGGAGGGGAUUAAGAAGGAAAAGGCGUUUGCAGAGGUCAAACUGGCAGCUGCCAAGCCUGCCUUGGAGGAGGCUGAAAAUGCCCUGAAUACCAUCAAACCUGCAGACAUUGCCACUGUGAGAAAGCUGGCCAAGCCUCCCCACCUUAUUAUGCGCAUCAUGGACUGUUGCCUACUGCUUUUCCGGAAGAGGGUGGACACCAUCACCAUGGACCCUGACAGACCGUGCCAUAAGCCCUCAUGGGGGGAGGCUCUGAAGCUCAUGAGUGCCAGUGGUUUCUUGGCCUCGCUCCAGCAGUUCCCCAAAGACACCAUCAACGAGGAGAUGGUGGAGCUGCUGAAUCCCUACUUUGACAUGGAAGACUAUACCUUGGAGAAUGCCAAGAAGGUCUGCGGUAACGUGGCCGGUCUACUGGCCUGGACCAAGGCCAUGUCCACCUUCUUUGGCAUUAACAAGGAGGUCCUGCCCUUAAAGGCUAACCUGGUGAUCCAGGAGUGCAGGCUGACCGUGGCCAAUGCGGAGUUGGCUGCAGCCCAGGCCCAGCUGGAUGAGAAGCAGGCUGAGCUGGACAAAGUGCAGGCCAAAUUUGAUGCUGCUAUGAAGGAGAAGCAGGACCUGGUGGAAGGUGCAGCCAUGUGCAGGAAUAAGAUGCAGGCGGCCUCCACCCUGAUCGAUGGGCUGAGUGGAGAGAGGAUCCGCUGGACAGAGCAGAGCAAAGAGUUUAAAUCACAGAUCAACAGGUUGGUGGGAGAUGUUCUACAGCUCACAGGCUUCCUGUCUUACUGCGGCCCCUUCAACCAGAGCUUCCGCGACUUACUGCUCAAGGACAUCUGGAAGGGAGAGCUUGUUAAGAGGAAGAUUCCUUACACUGAGAACCUCAACCUGAUCUCCAUGCUGGUGGACCAGCCCACAAUCAGUGAGUGGAAUCUGCAGGGGUUGCCAGGAGAUGACCUGUCUGUCCAGAAUGGCAUCAUUGUUACAAAGGCUGCCAGAUUCCCCUUGCUCGUGGACCCCCAGACUCAAGGCAAGGCUUGGAUCAAACAGAAAGAGAAAGCCAAUGACCUGCAGGUGACGUCUCUGAACCACAAGUUAUUCCGUACCCAUCUGGAGGACAGCUUGUCCCUUGGCAAGCCACUGCUCAUAGAGGAUGUGCGUGAGGAACUGGACCCUGCUCUGGACAAUGUGCUGGAGAAGAACUUCAUCAAAUCUGGCUCCACUUUGAAGGUUAAAGUAGGAGACAAGGAGACAGACGUCAUGGGUGGCUUCAAGCUGUACAUCACCACCAAGCUGCCCAACCCAGCCUACACCCCUGAGAUCAGUGCCAAGACGUCCAUCAUCGACUUCACCGUCACCAUGAAGGGCUUGGAGAACCAGUUACUGGGUCGUGUCAUCCUCACCGAAAAAUAUGAGCUAGAAGCAGAGAGGUUGAAGCUCAUGAAAGAUGUGACAGCCAACAAGAGGAAGAUGAAGGAGCUUGAGGAUAACCUGCUGUACAAACUAAGUAGCACGAAAGGUUCUCUGGUGGAUGACGAGUCCAUGAUUGGCAUCUUGAGCGUCACCAAGCAGACAGCAGCAGAAGUGAGUGAGAAACUCCACGUCGCUGCGGAGACGGAGGUGAAGAUCAACACGGCACAGGAAGAGUACCGGCCUGCCGCGUCCCGUGGCAGCAUCCUCUACUUCCUCAUCACAGAGAUGAGCAUGGUCAACGUCAUGUACCAGACCUCCCUUGCUCAGUUCCUCAAGAUCUUCGAUCUCUCCAUGGCCAGGUCAGAGAAGUCUCUUCUGACUCAGAAACGAAUCUCAAACAUCAUUGAGUACCUUACCUUUGAGGUGUUCCGCUACACAGUGCGCGGGCUCUACGAGAACCACAAGUUCAUCUUCACGCUGUUGCUAGCACUCAAGAUAGACCUACAGAAAGGCUGCCUCUUUCACAAUGAGUUCCAGACACUCAUCAAAGGUGGAGCUGCCUUGGAUCUGAAGGCCUGUCCAUCGAAACCAUUCCGUUGGAUUCUGGACAUGACUUGGCUCAAUCUGGUGGAGCUCAGCAAGCUGCCUCAGUUCACCGAGAUCAUGAACCAGGUGUCGCGGAAUGAGAAGGGCUGGAAGUUGUGGUUUGAUCUAGAUUCCCCAGAGGAAGGGAUGAUUCCUGAUGGAUACAAUGACUCUCUGGAUGUCUUCCACAGGCUGCUGCUGAUCAGGUCCUGGUGUCCAGACCGCACCCUCUCCCAAGCCAGGAAGUAUGUGGGUGACUCCAUGGGCAUGCGCUUCGCUGAGCCCGUCAUCCUCAACCUCGAGGCCACUUGGGAGGAGAGUGACACUCGCACGCCUCUCAUCUGCUUCCUGUCCAUGGGUUCUGACCCCACCAAUCAGAUCGAGGCAUUGGCCAAGAAACUGCGUCUGGAAUGCAGGGCCAUAUCAAUGGGACAGGGACAGGAGGUGCAUGCUAGAAGGCUUAUACAGACAUCCAUGGCACAGGGAGGUUGGGUGUUGUUGCAAAAUUGCCAUCUAGGGCUUGAGUUCAUGGAAGAGCUGCUGGAGACCGUGACCACUGUAGAGAGCAUGCACGACUCGUUCCGUGUGUGGAUCACCACUGAGCCGCAUGUGCGCUUUUCCAUCACCCUGCUGCAGUCCUCCAUCAAGUUCACCAACGACCCGCCCCAGGGUGUGCGUGCCGGCCUGAAGCGCACGUUUGCGAGCAUCUCUCAGGACCAGCUGGACGUCAGCAACCUGCCCAUGUGGAAGCCCCUGCUGUAUGGUGUGGCCUUCCUGCACACUGUAGUCCAGGAGCGGCGUAAGUUUGGGCCUCUGGGUUGGAACAUUCCUUACGAGUUCAACUCAGCUGACUUCACAGCCAGCGUCCAGUUUGUGCAGAACCACCUGGACGAAUGCAGCCCCAAGAAGGGCGUAUCAUGGGUAACAAUCCGCUACAUGCUGGGAGAGGUACAGUAUGGAGGAAGAGUCACAGAUGACUACGACAAGAGGCUCCUCAACUGCUUUGCAAGGGUGUGGUUCACCGAUAAGAUGUUUGACCCGGCCUUCUCCUACUACACGGGUUAUAAGAUCCCUGUGUGUAAGGUCCUGGAGCAGUACAUGGAGUACAUCCAGACGCUGCCCUCUGUGGACACUCCCCAGGUGUUUGGGCUGCACCCCAAUGCUGACAUCACUUACCAGACCAACACUUCUGCGGAGGUGCUGGACACCAUCACCAACAUCCAGCCCAAGGAGAGUGGUGGAGGGUCCGGGGAGACCAGGGAGUCCAUCGUCUACCGGCUGGCACAGGACAUGCUGGAGAAGCUGCCCCCCAACUAUGUGCCCCACGAGGUGAAAGCACGGCUGGUAAAGAUGGGCGCUUUGAAUUCCAUGAACAUCUUCCUGCGUCAGGAGGUGGACCGAAUGAACAGGAUCAUCGCUGUGGUGCGCACCAGUCUAAACGACCUCAAGCUGGCCAUCGAAGGAACCAUCAUCAUGAGCGAGAACCUGAGAGAUGCUCUGGACAACAUGUAUGAUGCCCGCGUGCCCAACCUGUGGAAGAAGCUGUCCUGGGACUCGUCUACCCUGGGCUUCUGGUUCACAGAGCUGCUCGAGAGGAACAUCCAGUUCCACAGCUGGGUGUUUGAAGGGCGACCCAAAACCUUUUGGAUGACCGGCUUCUUCAACCCCCAGGGUUUCCUGACCGCCAUGAGGCAGGAAGUGACCCGUGCUCACAAAGGCUGGGCAUUGGACACUGUUACUCUGCACAAUGAGGUGUUGAAGCAGACCAAGGAGGAGAUCACCUCCGCACCUGCCGAGGGUGUCUACGUGUACGGCCUGUUCCUUGACGGCGCCGGUUGGGACCGCAGAAACUGCCGUCUGAUCGAGGCCACCCCCAAAGUGCUCUUCACACCGCUGCCCGUGGUGCACAUGUUUGCCAUCAACUCCACUGCCCCCAAAGACCCCAGACUCUACAUCUGCCCCGUCUACAAGAAGCCCCGCCGCACUGACCUCACCUACAUCACUGGUGUCGUGCUGCGCACCACACAGCCCCCAGACCACUGGAUACUGCGCGGAGUGGCCCUGCUCUGCGACAUCAGAUAAAUACGCACACUCAGCAGGGCACCCUGCUAGAGCUCUUCUGAUCUAUAAAAUGUAAUCUUAUUAAAGUCCUUUGGAAUAAAAGAUGAAUAAUUUGA